AUGUCUGGAAGUCUACGCGGAUUCAACUACGCCUUCCUUAGCCGCAGCAACUUCAGCCUGGGAGAGCUCGUCAGUGCCCCCCAACUCGAGUCGUUGGCCGAGCACAACACGCCCUUUUUACACGUCUCGGGAGUUACCUUCCGAGCACCUUGGUCUUGGGCCUUCGAUCCUACCGAGACGCAGAGCAUAAACUUCUUUUCCGGCGGAAAACACGCGCGGCUAGUGGAUGCCAUGUUUGCACAGCACCGCUACAGGUACGCUGAAGUGCCCGCUCUGGACGCCCAGCUCAUAGAGGUGCCCUUCGCCACUGCAGACCUGAGAAUGCUCAUUGUGUUCCCGAAUCGGGUGGAUGGCUUGGCGCAACUGGAGCGGAAGCUUGCGCAGUCCGAUCUCCACCAGCUAAGGUCCCAGCUUGAGGAGCGCAAGGUGGCCCUCACCCUGCCCAAGCUCAGAGUGCUUGUCCAGUCCGACCUGAAGCGGGUGCUCGAGGAGUUGGGACUGGGGAAACUAUUCACAUCGGAGGUCCAGCUGAGCGAGGUUUUUAGCUCCAUCCUGGCCAGUUCGGCUCCACCCUUGGGAGCCGUGGUGCAGAGUGGCCUCCUGGAGCUGCAGGAGGAAGGCGGCAACGCCGAAGACUUUUUCUCCUUCGGGGAUCUGUUCCGACGAGCCCUGCCCCUGGUCAUCAAUCACCCAUUCUUUUACGCCAUCGGCAAUGACAAAGCCCUGCUGCUGUCCGGCCACAUCGUCGACAUCUGAGUCUCUCUAGACAUAUAUAAUUCUUAAUUCCAAUGCUAGCCCAAGCCAGGUUAUCGCCUUAUCAGCCGCACUAAAAUCUCCGCGAAAUAAACAGAAUCACCCGGGGCCAGCCAAAGGUGAAAAAUGAUUUGUAAACAGA